AUGGAGACAAGAGAAAACAAGAGGAUGAGAAAUCAAGAAUCAUCGGAUAGAGAAAAACAAGAAGAAUUUGAAUCUGAUAAAUUAGGCAGUUUACCCGACAGUAUAUUGACUCAUAUACUUUCUUUGAUUGAUACGAGGACCGCCGUCCAAACAUCAGUGCUGUCCAAACGCUACAGACUUCUGUGGACUUCAUUGCCAAGUCUCAAUUUUUACUAUUUUGGCAAAUCCCGACUUAAUUUUACUUCACUAGUUGAUCAUGUUUUGGGCUGCAGGGACGAUACUGAUUUGACUGGGUUUCGACUUUCCUUGUACAAGGAAGUGGCCGCAGGUUGUAUUCGCGACUGUAUUUCUUACGCGGUUCAUCGCAAAGUGCAGAAUCUCAGCGUACGUGCUUACACAAAACAUAGUCUUGUCACGUUGACUAGCUUGUUAAAUGCUUCUUCAUCGUUAAGAACUUUGCGUCUUAAUAAUGCGACUUCUUGUAAUAUCGAGUUACCAAAGUCCCUCUCUUUGCAGGAAUUAAAAGUUCUUAUUCUGAAAAAUUUUGUGUUUUCGAGUGAAAAUUACAAUGUGGAUAUUUUCUUAGGGUGUCCAAAUCUUGAGACGUUGAUUCUGAACAAGUGUUUGAUUAGGCAACGGGACAACCUUAAGGCAUUGAAUGUGAAUUGUCCGAACCUUAAAAAUCUCGAGAUAAGGUAUUGGAGGAGUGUUUGGGAACAUUUUGAUGAAUAUGUGAUCAAUGUGACUGCACCUAAACUUGUUUCUUUUAAGUUCCAAGGUCAUAUCCUGAGAGUGAAUUUUAAGGGGGAUUUGUUGUGUUUAGAUGAAGUUUGUGCGGAUCUAUGUUAUCCGACUGCAUGCAAGACAGUUAAUGUGAGACAUAGAAGGAGAAGGACGGCUCAAAGUUUUAUUUAUAUGCUUGGCCAGCUAUGUAAUGUGAAGUCUCUGUUCGUAUCAUUGAAGACCAUUGAGGCUCUAUCUUCCAUUCCUAAUUUUCGAAAAUUUCCUAUACCUUCCAUAUUUCGGAAAUUAAGGUAUAUAAAGUUCACAGUGGAGGAUAAAUACACAGAGAUGAAUGCAUCCAUUGAUACUGUUGCACAAUUGUUGAAGCGAGCGAAGACCAAGUUUCUGGUAUUCAGUCUUACUAAGGAGCAGCUUCUCUCAAUAAAUGUGAAGCCUCCACCGAUGAAAUUGAGGCAUAAGUAUGCAACCCCAAUCACUAUACCAACACACCUGAUGUCUCAUAUAUUAGAAAGCUCUCCUAGUGCAGAAGUCUUAGUAAUUGAAUUACCAAAGGCAGCAUCAGACUAA